UAUGUGCCACGGUCCUGAGGUUUCUUUCUGGUGGGAAUUAACAAUUAACCUGAGUUAACAUUAAAAGACCGCAGAUUAGACAGCACCGGUUAAAAAUUGUUAAAAAUUGACGAAUAUACGUUCACUGCAUUAUAUUAUAUAGUCAUUGACUGGAACAUUGUUAUACAGCAUUCGAGAAAUAUUAAACUACAGAAGUUAAAUGUCAGUUCUUCGAAAAGGGAUGAUAUGUGACAAGAUAUCCGUUUCUAACCAUAUACAGAAUACUGCCAGAUAAAAGCUGCUUAAUUUUAAAAAUUGAUGUAAAGUGGUGAAAAAUAUUGAUCUCUCUCUCACUCAUCUUGAUUAUGCGAUUUAUAGUUCCAACUUUGACAAUAAGAUGCUAAAUCAACAACAUCCUCUAUUGAGUACCAUAGACUCAUACAUAGAGCCGCUUUUGAAGCGUGUCUUACAAACUAGGAGAUUAGGCAUUUGUUAUGGUUUGAUAAAAUUGGAUUCGGUAUCAUCAAGUUGCAACAGGAACAAAAAUGAUUGUUUCAAGUUGUCAAUUCCUUAUGCUGGAGAACAUCUCGCAUGGAAUGUAUUCUUUGAUUCACAAUGUCCAGAAAUGGGCCCAGACUUCAUAUUCAACGAUCAGAAUUUUUUAAUGGACCCUGACAUUGAUAUUUUAUCUACUUGGGUGCCUAGUCUUGUUAAAUGGAAUCCUAAUGAUAUCGAUGCACUGCUGAAUGUGCUAAUCGAAUUGUUAGUAUAUUACAAAGAACAUCAGAUACUGUUACUUGGAAAACAAGGAGAUCGAUUGCAGUUUGAAUACAGCACACUCGUUGGUGAAACAGAAAUAUAUAAAGAAGAUAUAGAAGUACUGAUGUUACCACUAGGAUCGAAGCCCAUAGAAGCAAGAUUUUUAAUUCGCAUAUCUAUGGAUUAUUCUCGAUUGCCUCCGCGUAUCAAUAAAUCACAGAAUAACGAGGCGAUGCUUCUGGUUACAUUUUAUGGCCCAGAUUGGAAUCGUAUUUUGCCGCAACUUUAUUUAUCCAAGACUUUGGAAGAUAUUUUCGGUGGGUCAGAAUCUUUGCGUAUUCCACCAUUACCGCCCAACAAAUAUCUAAUGGAUUAUGUUCCUGAAGUGAUAAAAUUCAUGGAAGAGAAAAUAAGCAGUGUAGUUCAAUGUUUUGAUAGCAGAAAAGAAUUUAUUGCGAUUCUAAUUGUAUUACAGCGUGGCAGCAUACUGGAAUAUGAUGCUAUAGAGUUUAAUUGGAUUACUAUAUUGUUGGAAUACCGAGACUUCCAUUUUCUUAUACAUUUCAAUCUUUCAUCAAUAUUUCCGAAAGAGAAACCGCAAAUUACAUUGCAAUCGGUGUAUCAUAUGACAUCACAGGGUACCUUGUAUAAAGAAGUAUUGGAUGAUGUACCAUACAGUCCUAGAUGGUCAAUAAUGCUGAUGGUUGACAAAUUAUUAACAUACAUAAUAGAAAGUGCUGUUCAAAAGUUUCAAGCGAACUCUGUCAGGAAUAAUCGUUUUUAAUAAUUUAUUCUGAAGAAAAAGUUAUAUUUUAUUACAGAGAAUGUAUAUUUAAUAGUUGCA